ACCACCUGCUCUGGACCGAGACACACUGGACACACGAGUUGCUCGUCUGCUCUGCGCACCGUUUCCAUCAGCGAUACGGAUUAACAGCCGGAACUUUAUUUCUCCCAACGCUGCGUGAAAACGGCAGCCUCGCUUCAGCUUCGUACACACAGCGAGAGAGUCAGUGGCGAAACGGUAACGGCAGACGCUGCUGUAUGUCUGCUCACAGCUUCGUUAUUCAGUUAAGAGUGUUAUUCAGAGUCCAGGCCUUCGGACCAGCUCGUUUCUUUCGACCCCUUUUCGUUAUUUUUAUAAUUAAAGCGAUGCCGAGACUACAGCACCCGAACAGCACCGCCAGCAUUGCCAACAAUGAUUAUGAAUGGAGGUACGAAUACUACGAUGACGAAGAGCCUGUGUCCUUCGAGGGACUCAAGGCACACAGAUAUUCCAUUGUGAUUGGCUUCUGGGUGGGCCUUGCAGUGUUUGUCAUUUUCAUGUUCUUUGUGCUGACUCUGUUGACCAAGACAGGAGCUCCACAUCCAGAGAGUGCUGAACCAUGCGAUGACUGUGUGCAUCUGACCAGCUGUGUUGAAGAAUUAGGCCGUCAGCGGGAUGCAGACAACACCAGACCUGGUUUGUCUCGGCCCUUACUGGAGGAGUCUCGCUUUCUCUUCAACUGCUAUAUUAAUGAAGAAGAGCAGGCAGGAGAACGCACCCUGGACAGAGCCUGCAGAGCUCAUGCACAGUCAAGCAGCACCGAGUCGAGUGGGCAGGUGGAGACGGUUGGCCUCAUUGUCCAGAGCACACAGGUAGAGACAAGGGAUGACAGCGAGGCAGCUUUUCUGGCUCACUUCAACAUCCCAAACUCUGUGAACUCUGAACUCAGUUCCACACUGGGUGAUGAUGACUUACUGCUGGGCGGGGCGCCGAUAAUCAUGGACAGCGAGUCUCAUACACGUAGCAUGCAUCACAUUAGAAACUAAACAUUUACCACCAUCAUUUUGACCAAAUGGACAUAAAAAUUAGUCUGAGUGGAACUAAGACGCAUACAUGGACAGUAAAUACUAUGGCACAUCUACUCUAAACAUAAGACCGAACUCCAUAAAUAAGAGUAUGUGAACCCAUUUUAAAUAAGAGCGGAAGGAUGUGCCUCUUGACAAGCUACCACCAAAACAUUUCCAUUUAUCCUCAUCUGCCCUCACUGUGCUGUAAGAAUAACAUCUAUUCUUUUGAUGCUGCAGAGGCUAUAAAGAGCAUUUGCUUCACCAAAUCACUCACCUUUCGUACACUGGAAUAAUUAUCACAAAAUGGAUCACCAAGUAUGGAGGGGGCUAAUCCGAGAGGCUAUCAAGCGGUCUGCAUCUGUAAAGGAGCUACAGGCCUUUGUGGCAGGAACCGGUUAGGUAGCAUCUGACCCAAUUAGUCCAUAUAACUGGCUAUUGGAAGUCAUUACUUGAAUUACACUGGAAGCUUUCAAAAUGGAAGGCAGGACAAUGGCACAAAGAUCCACACUGUGAAGUAUGGUGGUGGAAGAAAGGGAGAUUCACCUUUAAGCAUCAGAACAACCCAAGCCACAAGCUAAAACCUCUGGACCUAGAAUCUUGCUUCUGUAACCUGUGGACCAGGUUGGGACAACACCUUGGGAACACCAUUCUUCCAGUCUCUGGAAGUUCUACUUUUACACAAAAUGCUUGAAGGGAGAGAAAGAGAAACAACUUAUUGUUGUUUCUCUUUAUGACAGCAUUGGUGUCUACAAGCCACUGUACAUUAAUCAGCUCAGUGACUGCCAUGCUCCAAUAACAACCAAA